UCUCUCUUUCACCCAAACUCUAUUACCCUCCUUCCUUCCUUUGCGACCAUCCAUUUCUCCAUCCAUUCAGACUUUAACAAGCCAUGGAUGUCUUCUCACCGUCCCAGGUCUACUACGACAGAGCAUGUGCUUCCUCUCCAGACAGCCUGGAUUUCGGCCCUGGCGUGGAGCUUGCUGGCUCCGAGGAGGACGAGCACGUCAGGGUUCCAGGAGCCCCCCACCAGCCAGGACAUUGCCUCCAGUGGGCCUGUAAGGCCUGCAAGCGCAAAUCCAGCUUUGUGGACCGCAGACGCGCUGCCACCAUGCGUGAGCGCCGGCGGCUGAAGAAGGUGAACCACGCUUUUGAGGCUUUGAGGCGUUGCACUUCAGCCAACCCCAGCCAGCGUCUGCCCAAGGUGGAGAUCCUGCGCAAUGCCAUCCAGUACAUCGAGAGCCUGCAGGACCUGCUACGAGAGCAGGUGGAAAAUUUUUAUGGCCUACCUGGAGAGAGCAGCUCCGAGCCUGGGAGCCCACUGUCCAGCUGCUCUGAUGGCAUGGCUGACAGCAACAGUCCAGUGUGGCAACAGCUGAAUGCAAACUACAGCAACGGCUAUUCAUAUGCAAAGAAUGAAAGUGUGGACAAUAAAGCAGUCGGAGCGUCCAGCCUGGAGUGCCUGUCCAGCAUCGUGGACCGCCUGUCCUCGGUGGAGUCCGGCAGCUGUGGGCCGACCGCUCUGAGAGACAUGUCCACCUUCUCCCCCGGCAGCUCCGACUCGCAGCCCCGCACGCCGGAGAGCCCCGGAUCCAGGCCCGUUUACCACGUCCUGUGAGGGAAACCGUCGCUUUGAUGUGAAUAUAUAUUGCCUCAGGCUUGCGCUGUGCUUUUACCAAACAGCAGCUGCAUUUGCAAACAAAAAAGAUCAGAACUAGUUUUGUGCAAGUGGGAAGAAACCACAGCAGAAUCUGAGGGACCUGCAGCAGCCGGCUUUUAUACUGUACAUGAGAUUGUAAAUAUGUAAUGUAAAUGCCCAUUUAUUCUAUACUUGCUAUUAUGCCCAAUGAGACAUAUUUAAUUAUAACAGUUAAUGUAUUGUUACAUUAUUCAAAAAUAAAAUGGUAUUUAAGCAGUUCAGUUCACUUCACUUCUAUUGAGUCUCAACAGUUUUUUUUCUUUUCUCCCCACUUUU